UGACGUUGAGAGUUCAACAUGGUGGAAUAAUUUGAACAAACCUCGUCAAGGCUAUUAUUUGUUUGUCAAAUCAAUACAUGCAUUCGUUUGAAUGCUUUUUGACGCGCUCAAAUGCAUUUGUUUGAAAGCUGUAGAAUUUCGACACCGGUUCGGGUAAACCGCUGACUGCUUUCGUGUUCGGUGUGCCAAACGGCUGCAGAAAAAUCAUUCUGUACGAGGGAGAGGCGUAUGCGCCUGUUUGGAGUUUCAAAAGGUUCCCAUUCACCGUGGAUAUUUACUGUGGGACCAUUGGACUUACAAGGAAUGUAGUGACACCAACUUGACUGUGAAGAAGCAUUGGAAAGCCUAUCAGUUGAAAAAGAGGUCUGAUCAAGAAAGAUGGGUGAUGUGACUCUCGUUGUGGAUGAGAUGGUGAGACAAGUCCUUCUUCCAGAGCCGCAACUAGUCAUUCUGGCCCUACCGCCCCCUUUCCUACCGACGGUCAGUGAACCGACCAUUGUUUGGCCCAAGUGGCUCAAUGGUUUUAAACGCUACCUCGAAGCACUCGGCAAAGAGAAGCUGACCGACAAGAGUAAGUGCAUGCUUCUGCAAAACUGCCUGGGCCUAGAGGGUCAGCGCAUCUUCGCAGCACUCAUUCAGCAGGACCAAUCAUACGCAACAGUCAUCUCGACUUUGACAGCCUACUUUACCGCCGGCCGCACCACCCGACAGCGAUUGCUCAGAUUCCACGAAAGAGAUCAAAAGGCAGGCGAGACCACAGCUGAGUUUGUGGCAGCGUUGGAAGAGUUGCUGCCGCCCGGCAACAAUGGAAGCGAUGAAAAGAUCCUUAAUCAGCUAAUCGAGAAAACAAAAUGGCCACAGCUCAGAAAGCGGCUAUGCUCAAAGAGGGCAACUCUCACACUUGCCGCCGCCUUGCGCAUUGCCAAAGACGUGGAGUCUACUACCUUAAACAGGCCACAGGACCACAAUCACCCCGGCCUACAACGACGCAAAAGAGGAAGGCCUCGGCGAGCGGAGAAAGUCAAAAUUGAAACCCAAAGGACUGGGCUUAAAGCCAACCAUAGCCACAGUGAACACAAGUUAGAGGAGGAGCAGCAGCAGAAGCAGCAGGAGGAUGAGCAGCAGCCGCAAGAAGAUCAGGAGGAGGAGGAGCAGCAGCAGGAGGAAGGUCAGGAGGAAAAUGAGCCGCAGGAGGAGGAGGAGGAACAGCAGCAAGAUGAUGAUGAUAAAAACGACCCAAAUUAUGAAGUUGAUGAUGACGAUGAUGAUGAUGAAAAUUACAAUUAUAAAGCCAACGCUAAGUCCUCACCACCUAACUCGAUACAGCGGGACGUGCAGGACAAGCUGGGUAUGAAUGGCAACACACAGACCCCUACAUGUUUUUCUUGUCCUAUGUGUGAAUACAAAAACUUAAGUCUGCACAAGCUGACCAGACACUUAAGAGUGCACACUAAAGAGAAACCAUUUUGCUGCCCAAUUUGCGCCACCGUCUUCAGCCAAUCAUACCACCUGACUCGGCACAUGCGGGUCCAGCAUAACGCCGCCCAGCACGUGUGCCCAACAUGUUGUAGCAGCUUCAGAAGCGUCGCUGAACUCAAGAGCCACAAGGCUACACACGCACCGCAUGUUUUGCUGUGUCCCUACUGUCCCGAAAAGUCGCCGAACAACUCCACAUUUUUACUUCACAUAGCAUCUCAUAAAGAGUACAAUCCGUUAGGAGCCGAAAUGAAUCAAGGACGGGAGGUUAAAACCAAUAUGUUGGAGUCAUUGAUUAAAGAAAACAUUUGUAGUGUUGGUGACGGUGUAACCGAUGAAAGUAUGGUAUCAGACGUACGUACUGAAACAGAAUCAGCUUCAAUAGACGGCAGAAGCGGCGCAAGCGUCCCCUGUAAGAAGACCCACGUGUGCUCUAUAUGCAACCAGAGCUUCCCCGGUGUUAACAAGCUCACCCGACAUAUGCGUACACACACUAAAGAGAAGCCCUUCCAGUGCACAGUCUGCUUGCUCAACUUCAGUCAGUCGUACCACAUGACCCGGCAUCAGAGGCAAAAGCAUGGCAUGCAGACGUUCAUCUGCAAGUGUGGCAAGAAGUUUGCCAGCUGGUUGAAACUAAAGGUGCAUCGUAAAACUCACAAAAUCCUGACUUGCCCCUCCUGCAAAAUGAGCUUCAAAGACAAGGAUGACUUGGAGAACCAUCUUAAGUCACAUGCGAAGAUCCCACGCACACCCCUGUCCCUCAUCUGCGACGAAUGUGGGAAAGUGUUUGGCCGGAGAUACCACUUGAAGAGGCACAUGGUGAUGCAUUACAAAGCAGCCAACACAGGGUACUUCACCUGUGCAGAGUGUAAAGCAGACUUUGCCUUGGCGGAGGACCUGAAGAAACACCUGAAGAGACAUGCCAAAGAAAACAGCGGUACAUGUCUGCGAUGUAACCAGAACUUCCCCAGCCAAGAAGAGCUGAAGGCUCACAUGGCGGCCCAUAAUAUUACCUACCUAUGCAGCGUUUGCGGGAAGAAGUUUAAGCUGGCAAGCGCGCUGAAGAAGCAUGAGGAGAAACACAAAGACCAGCAGUACUACUGCGCUAUGUGCUGCAAGCACUUCCGAAGCCAUUUGGAAUACAAGCGGCACAAGGCGGUGCACGAUCGACGCGAGAACAAAUGUCCACACUGCGAGCGCGUCUUCCUCAAGCUCACAACCUUUAAGUAUCACCUACAAACACACACUGAGGAGAGACCUUACCAGUGUAUGUACUGCAUGGAAACCUUUGUGUACAACGAGGAGAUGGAGCGCCACUGUCUCAAGCACAGGAAGUUCCGAAAGGAGCACCCGUACAACUGCACACGCUGCAACGACGCAUUUGCCACGCUGGCUGAGCUGACGGCGCAUUUGGACAGCCACAAAGGCGAGUCGCCGCUCAGCUGCGACAUCUGCGCCCGCACAUUCCUCAACGCCAGCAAGCUGGAGAAACACCUGAGCGUCCACACGGGCGAGCGGCCCCACCUGUGCCCACACUGUGGCAACGGCUUCCCGACCGCCGCAAACCUCAGGCAGCACAUUCUUUCCCACACUGGCGAAAAGCCUUUUGCGUGCUCUGAGUGCACCAAGACCUUCCGCACAGCCGGCGGACUGAGGGUGCACAGAAGACGACACAUGGACGUGCCGCCUAGCUUCGAGUGCCUUGAAUGCGGCAGGACUUACGGCCGGGUAACCGAGUUGAGGAUGCAUCAGCGCUACCACACAGGAGACAAGCCUUUCUCGUGCAUCAGUUGCAAUAAAAACUUUAUCAGCAAACACAAGCUGAUGGUGCACACUCGCAUACACACUGGGGAAAGGCCGUACUCAUGCCCGCACUGUCAACAGACUUUCAGACAGACUGGAGACAGAAACAGACAUGUGAAUAAGUUCCACCCGAAUGCCUCUGAACUGACUUCCACCAAAGGUUGAUCAUAGCUGGGUUGUGAUCUGUAAAUCUCAUUGUACAUUUUGUAGUGGAAAUGAAAUGAUCGAGUAACACACCAAUCAAAAAGACGUGUUUCCACUAAGCACUACAGUUCAGAUAAGUUGGUUUUCUAAGCCGCCAUGAUGAAAAUCUGUUACCGUAAUUUUCACGCUAUAAGGCGCACCGGACUAUAAGCCGCGACCCACCAAAUUUAGCACGAAAACGGCAUUUGUUCAUAAAUAAGCCACACUGGACUAUAAGCCGCCGCUGUCCUCACGGUAUUAAGUGAUAUUUACACCAAAGGAUAUUAACCGGUAACACUUUAUUUGACAGAGACAUCACACGACUGUCAUAAGACCAAAUGAACCACCAUGAUCAUUCUAGGCUUGCAGCCAUCGAUUAUUUUAGUAGUCGAUUAAUUGAUGAAUUAGUUAGUUCGAAUAAUCGAGUAAGCGGACAAGGAACAUAAAAAAUUAAAAUAACUGAGCGUCAAACGAUAUGAAAAAAAAUAAAUGAUAUGUGCAACAAAAGAACAAUUGGCUAACUUACAUAGCAAAAGUCAAAUAGCUUAAAUGCUAUAAAAUGCUAUUUUUUUUGUUUUACAAUUCUCUUAACAAAUGAUUCAGACACAUAUUCCCACAAAAACCUGCUAAGUAUACCUAUAAACUAAAUUACAAAUUCAUUAAAAAAAAAAAAAUUAGCUUCAACAAAAACUUAGCUUAUGUUGGUCUUGACAGGGAGCAGCUAAAGUCAGCUAUGUGAAACUAGGCAGACUACAGGGCAGUGUAUCCACCCAAAUGAAUAAAACUAAAUGCAAACACUUUCAAAACAAACCAUUACAACGCCAGUUUAAUUAAACGAAUACCCGAAGCAGCCAAAUUUGAUUUUGGCCAUCACUGCUCCCUUAGGGGAGACAUACAACCACUGCUUCCAGCUGCUGUCAACACUGUUGUUGUCCAACAUGCCUCCUAGCAUGCACUGCAGCGCUAUAGAUGUAAAUAACAAUCAAAAUUCAUAUUCUUUGCUAAAUAUUUCUUCAGGUACUCUUCUAGUUGUUUCAUUAAUUUCUAGUUAUAGUAUCUGGUAACUUUUUUGACAGUGCCAUCACAAGACUCAAUAGACAAUCAAAAUUAGGACAUGACACUGUCAUGAGCAUUAAUGAAUGCUUAUAACAGAUGUCAUUUGGUGUUAUACGGCAAAUUAUCUUACUUUUGAAUGGAUGUAAAAGAUCCAAACUGGACAUAAAUUGAGUUUGUGACAUAAUUUGCCGGAUGACGCUUAAUGACACUAUCAUUGGCAUUACUGAAUGCUUAUGUCAUAAUUAUGACGUUUUAUGAUAGCCUAAUGACCCCGCUGUCAAAUAAAGUGUUACCUAUUAACCCAAAUAAAUGAAUGAAGGAAAAAAAAGUAGCGGCUUAUAGUCUGAAAUUUUUGGUACUUAACUCAUGGUGCAUUGCACCAUCCAUGAGCAAUGCAAUAUGUACCAUACCAUCAUCUUCAGCUUGCUCCGAGGUCGGGUUGCGGGGGCAGCAGUUUUGGCAGGGAAGCCCAGACUUCCCUCUCCCCAGCCACUUCAACCAGCUCCUCCGGCACGAUCCCAAAGCUUUCCCAGGCCAGCCGAGAGACAUAGUCUCUCCAGCGUGUCCUGGGUCUCCCCCAGGGCCUCCAGCUGGUGGGGCAUGCCUGGAAUACCUCUCCAGGGAGGUGUCCAGGAGGCAUCCUGGACACCUAACCAGAUGGCGGUGCUCAGUGGUGGAGUAGUUGUCCCUCAACCUAGAGGUUGUGGGUUCGAUUCUCCACCCUGAUGAACUCGCCGCACUGCUCCUGGUGCUGUGUCACCAGUAGGUAGAUGGCAAUGUAUUGUAAAGCGCUUUGAGUACCUUGAGAGGUAGAAAAGCGCUAUACAAGUAUAACACCAUUUACCAUGCUGGCUCCUCUCAACGCGGAGGAGUAGCGGCUUGACGCCGAGUCCUUCCCGGAUGACCGAGCUUCUCACCCUAUCUCUAGGGGAGAGCCCGGACACCCUGCAGAGAAAACUCAUUUCGGCCGCUUGUAUCCGGAAUCUUGUUCUUUCGGUCACGACCCACAGCUUGUGACCAUAGGUGAGGGAAGGAACGUAGAUCGACUGGUAAAUUGAGAGCUUCGCCUUUCGGCUCAGCUCCUUCACCACAACAGACUGGUGCAGAGUCUGCAUUACUGCAGACGCUGCACCGAUCCGCCUGUCGAUCUCCUGUUCCCUCCUACCCUCACUCGUGAACAAGAUCCCAAGGUACUUGAACUCCUCCACUUGGAGCAGGAUCUCAUCCCCGACCCGGAGAGGGCUCUCCACCCUUUUCCGACUGAGGACCAUGGUCUCGGAUUUGGAGGUGCUGAUCUUCAUCCCAGCCGCUUCACACUCAGCUGCGAACCGCUCCAGUGAGAGUUGGAGGUCAUUGCCUGAUGAAGCCUAAAGCACCACAUCAUCUGCAAAAAGUGAUGCAAUGCUGAGGUCACCAAACCGGAACCCCUCAACGCUUCGGCUGCGCCUAGAAAUUCUGUCCAUAAAAAUUAUGAACAGAAUCGGUGACAAAGGGCAGCCUUGGCAGAGUCCAACCCUCACUGGGAAUGAAUUCGACUCACUGCCGGCAAUGCUGACCAAACUCUGACACCGGUCGUACAGGGACCGGACAGCCCUUACCAAGGGGUUCGGCACUCCGUACUCCCGGAGCACCUCCCACAGGACUCCCAGAGGCACACGGUCAAACGCUUUCUCCAGAUCCACAAAACAUGUGGACGGGUUGGGCGAACUCCCAUGCAACCUCAAGGACCCUGCUGAGGGUGUAUAGCUGGUCCACAGUUCAACGGCCGGGACGAAAACCACACUGCUGCUCCUGAAUCCGAGAUUCAACAGUACCCCUGAAUAGACUUUACCGGGGAGGCUAAGGAGUGUGAUCCCUCUAUAAUUGGAACAUACCCUCCGGCCCCCCUUCUUAAAAAUUAUGUGUGCGUUUGGCCAUUCAUUCAUCUGUACCACUUGAAUUGAAAUAUAAUAUGAAAGUGACAGUUCUCUGAUAGUAGCUCAGAAGAAUCACAAUGACUUCUGCUUUGCUCAUAAUCAGUGGUAGUCCUUUUUGUCUUCUCUCCAAUCGAACCAGUUAAAUAUACUGGGCCAAUUUAAUUUUCAAAAAAUGUUUCAGGUCUGAUAGCUGGCAUGCAGGAUCCAAAACUCAUCUCGGUUUUUCUCUAUCACGUCAUUUUUUUCCCUCUGCUGCUUACCUACUUAUUAUGUUCUUAAUACAUGCGCACAAAUGGCCAUCUGUAAAUAACGUAAUCGUGUUUAAUAAACAUUGCAGUCAUACCUGUUUCUGAUAUUUCCUUGAAUGCCUUUUUUAGUAACACAAGUGCAUGUGUUUUGUUUUUCAUGAUUUUUGUUUUUGUUGUUUAUUGAGUGAAAC